AUGUCGACGCCAGGCAAGGACGCGGGCGCCGUGGUGAUGGAGACGUCCAUGGGCAGGAUCGUGUUCGAGCUCUACUGGAAGCACGCGCCCAAGACGUGCGCCAACUUCUACCAGCUGGCCAAGCAGGGUUUUUACGACGGCAUCAUCUUCCACCGUGUCAUCAGCGACUUUAUGAUCCAGACGGGCGACCCCACCGGUACGGGCUCGGGUGGUGCAUCGAUCUACGGUGGCGCCUUUGAGGACGAGCUGCAUCACGAGCUUCGCUUCGUCGGUGCGGGCAUCCUCGCCAUGGCCAAUGCAGGUCCCAACACCAACCGAAGCCAGUUCUUCGUCACGCUGGCGCCGACGCCGUUCCUCGAUGGCAAGCACACCAUCUUUGGUCGCGUCGCCGAGGGUUUGCAGGCAGUUCGAGAGAUCGGAGUGGCAGAGACAAAGGACGACAGGCCCGUCGAGGAGAUCAAGAUCGUCAGAGCAACAGUCGCCUGA